AUGACUGCCGCCCUGCUCAGCUUCUGCUGCUCUUAUCAUACAAUGUGCGCUGAAAAACCUCUCCUCGAUCUUCCCAAGACUGGCGUGGUCACUGACAUGGCUUUGCCAUCGCCUUCUGCGUCCAACGAUCUCGUUGCUUCCACUGGUGCCCAUGGAAAUGGUGACGACGGGCGCAGCGCAAUGGAGUCACCGCGGCUUUUGCCGUUGAAUCCUGAAUCCCGGAUCGUGAUGGAUGGCCCCAGGCCGAAGGAACUGCCCUCGUUCCCGUACCCAUCACUCCAGGGGAGCCAGGUGGCCGAGAGUGAACCCCUAGUUUACGAGGCAAAUGUGGAGGCCUUUUUACCGUCGAUUGCUUCAGCACCGAUGGCUCCGCAGGUGACAGGGAACUCUGGUGCGGACAAGACCAUUGCAAACCCCGGGGGUGAUGGUGUGGAGCACGUACUAGCAGUACCAUCUCAAUUGGCUCCGAUACCAGAGGCUGUUGAGGAAGACAACAUCACAGAAGAAGAACUCUUGACACAAGAUUCUACGCCAAAUUCUACAGACUCAGCUUCAAACCUCCUGGCAGUGACAUCCACCAUUGAAGACGCACGUGCAUGGCUACCAUCAAUAUCAACAACAUUCAACUCAACGCCAAUUUCGGAAAAUAUGAGUGACCAUGAUGUUGUGCGAUCAGUAAACCCAUCAAUACCAUCUUCUUUUGAUCCACCCGGUCCCCAUUCGCAGCCAUCCCCGCCGCCAGAUGAAGAGGAUACCGGGGACACGCCAUCCACAGAUUCGACAAAUGACGACGGAAGCUCCAUAUUCGACGACGACUACUCUGACACAUCCAGCUACACCACGUCACUUCUAUCAGACGUAAAGAACUACGCCUACGAAAACGGCCGACGAUACCACUCCUACCGCGAAGGACACUACGUCCUCCCUAACGACGAACAAGAGCAAGACCGACAAGAUCUCCUCCACCACGUCCGGAACCUCGUCCUCAACGGAGCCCUAUUCCGCGCUCCCCUAGACAAAAACCUCCAGCGCGUCCUCGACAUCGGCACCGGCACCGGUAUUUGGGCCAUCGACUUCGCAGACAGCUACCCCAGCGCCGAAGUCAUCGGCACGGAUCUGAGCCCAAUCCAACCAUCCUGGGUCCCAUCAAACCUGCAGUUCCUUGUCGAUGACGCCGAGUCGCCGUGGCUGUUCAGCACCAGCCGGCCCUUUGAUUUCAUUCAUGCGCGGGACCUGGGCGGCGCUAUCGCUGACUGGCCGCGGUUGCUGCGCCAGGGCUACGAGCAUCUCAAGCCCGGCGGAUGGAUUGAAUUGCAAGAGUUUGAGGUGGCGCUCAAGUCAGACGACAACACGCUCCGCCUGGCUCCGACGUUGUGCGAGUAUCUCGGCCGCCUGCAUGAGGCCAGUGAGGCCUUCCACCGGCCCAUGAAUACGGCCGAAGGCCACCGGCAGCGGCUGCUGGAGGCUGGUUUCGAAGAGGUUAGGGAUGAGGUGUACAAGGUCCCCUCCAACGCUUGGUCGGGGGAUCCUGUCCAGAAGCAGAUUGGCCGAUACAACCUGUGCUCCUUGCUGAUGGCAGUGGAGGCCUACUCGCUGGCGCUCUUCACGCGUGUGUUGGGUUGGUCCAACAACGACACCCAGGUGUUCCUUGCUGGCGUACGUAGAGACUUGAGGAACCCACAUGUCCACACUUAUUGCCAUCUACAUGUCGUGUACGGUCGGAAGCCAUAG